CACCCAAUAAACUGACAUAUGAUCAGCUUUACUGCUCACUGAAAAGUGUGUCCGCGCUCAAUAUAGAUAUAUAUAUAUAUAUAUAUAUAAAUGUGAACACAGAAGAAGAAGAAGUGAUGGAAAGUGUUUUAGAAUAACCACAGAAUCAGCUGAGCUCAUGGCCUCAUUAGAGGACACAUGUGAGGUGAAGGAGGGCUUCUUAUGCCCACUCUGUCUGAAAGAUCUCCAGUCUUUCUACCAGCUGCAGGAGCACUAUGAGGAGGAACACUCCGGAGACAACAGACAUGUUACUGGACAGCUGAAAAACCUGGUGCAGAAGGCAAAGAAAGCCAAAGACAAGCUGUUGAAGCGGGAUGGAGAUGAGCGGACAGAGAGCAGCUAUGAGUCCUUUUACUAUGGAGGAGUGGACCCUUACAUGUGGGAGCCGCAGGAGCUCGGAGCCACCCGCAGCCACUUGGACUCUUUUAAGAAGCACAGAGCUGCACGAAUAGACCAUUAUGUCAUUGAACUCAACAAAUGCAUCAUACGACUGGAAAAGCUGACCUCCUUUGACAGAAGCAACAUGGAUGCGGCACAGAUAAGAUCACUUGAGAAAUCUGUAGUGCCAUGGGUAAACGAUAAGGAUGUGCCGUUUUGCCCUGAUUGUGGAGGAAAAUUCAACAUCCGUAACCGGCGCCAUCACUGCCGUCUCUGUGGGUCCAUUAUGUGUAGGAAGUGCACAGAGUUUGUGCCUCUGCCGCUGGCAUAUAAGUUAACCAGUGGAACAAAGGAGGCUCUGUGUGCUCCUGGCAGUCCGGGACAGAGCGGUUCUCCUGGAGCACAGGUGACGCAGCAGAUCCCUCGCCGCGGCUCCAUUAGCAGCAUCUCCUCCAUCACCUCUGUGUUAGAAGAGAAAGAUGAAGACCAUGUGCGCUGCUGUCAUCACUGUAUGGACUCACUGCUCCGCCAUCAGCGCAAACUCGAGGAGAAAGACCACGUGCCUGAUAUCGUCAAACUCUACGAGAGGUUGAGGACAUGUAUGGAGAAGGUUGAAGCUAAAGCGCCAGAGUACACGCGCAUGGCAGAGUCGCUCAAUUCUGGAGAGACGACCUAUAAUCUUGAGAAUGCAGCUGGACUCAGAAUGGAGAUACAAAAAUACUAUGAGCUCAUCGAUGUUCUGAGUAAGAAGAUUCUCACACUUGGGUUAAAAGAAGAAGUCCAGCCACACCCGAAAGCUCUCCAGCUGCAAAGGAUGGUGCGAUAUGCAGCUACACUUUUCAUACAGGAGAAACUGUUGGGUCUGACGUCCCUCCCCACCAAGGAGAAAUACGAGGAGCUGAAGGAGAAGAGGAGGGAGGAGCAGGAGAAAAGGGUUCAACAGGAGAGACAGGCCGCCCUGGAGGCACAAAAGCGUCGAUCUGAAAAUGAGAAGAACCGACUGGCCCUCAGUACAAACGGGGAUGUUCCUCGUCACCGCAUGACCAAAGCUGGUGGCUGGCUGCCACAAUCCGACACCCUGCACACUCGCUCUGAACUGGACGACCCUCUACUACAACAGAUUGAUAACAUCGAGUCAUUCUUACAGCAGGCACGCUCUGCAAACCGUACCGAUGAGGUAGCCAUGCUAGAGGAGAACCUACGGCAACUCCAGGACGAGUUUGAUGCCCAGCAGACCAGCCGAGCUAUCAAGCUUUCACAGAAGCUGGCUGAGGAGACAGACCUACAGCAGAGACAGAUCGAACAUCUACAGCAAAGAGAGCUUGAGAACAAAGCCCAUAUGAGAACUUCCUCUAUGGAUUUCAGAGACCGAGGAAAUGUUCAGAAACGACAAGAGGAGGAAGGUGAUUUGGAAGAACAUUUGAUUGCAAGCCCUGGGUCUAUAACUCAUUCUGUGAAGUCUUUCCCAUGUCUGCUAGAAAACUCUCCACCCUUGGAGAGGCAAAGAGACGAACAUACACCAACCCCACCAUCAAAAAACCCCUUUGAUGAGGAAGAGCCAAGCAACUCCUUGAACAAAGAGUUUCGGAGGGAACAUAAUCAGGCAGCCAAUGGAAAGAAAGGGUACAACCCUUUUGAAGAAGAUGAUGAAACUGAGGAUCCAGACACAGGUAAGACAUCUGGAAAUCCUUUUGAAGAUGAGGAUGAUGAUGAAGAUAAAGGUAACCCUUUUAAAGAGGGUUCAAAUGAGACUCCGGCUGCCUCAAGUAAUCCGUUCGAUGAAGACGAUGAGGUCUCUGCAAUGGACGAUAUGAUUGAGGAAGAGCUACUGCUACAACAGAUAGAUAAUAUCCGGGCAUAUAUCUUUGACGCCAAGCUAAGUGGACGCCCUGAUGAAGUAGAACUUUUGUCUGAGAACCUGCGGGAGCUGCAACGCACGCUACAAGAGCAGAAACGAAAGAAAUAGUGACGGCCAUGAACCCUUUUUUAUAUCUCAUAUGGCUUUUCUCAGUUAUAAACAGGCCACUUCUGCUAAAGUGCACUAGACAAUGAUGUCAAAAAGCAAAUUUGAGGUUUGUGCGCAAGAACGUUUCAGUAGGGAAGCUGAAACGCAUGGAAUCACAAUAGAAUGUAACUUCACAAUUCAGUUGCAUCAAAUAGGUCGCUUUGAAAUUUAAUCAGUUGUUAUCAGUUACAAACAUAGACUACUAUUGCACUAGACAAAAAUAUGUCAUAAUGCAAAUUUAAGGUUCCUGCACAAAAUUCAGUAGGUGAGCAAAGUGAGUGUUAGCAUUGCUAAUUAUUCAAAUUGUUAGAUGUAUGCGAUCAAACCAAGUGUUAUUUGCAAAUAACAGGGUCCUUUUUUUAUUGAAAGUGGUUAAAAUGUGUGGUAAAGCUUUUACCAUUCAACAAAGUCAGUAUUUGAUGCACAUACUGUAGCUUCUGUGAGAUUUUGUUAGCAAAACACUAAAGCAAUGUUGUAAAAACAGUGAGUCUGGCAUGAUUGCACACCUGUUGCUUUCAAUUGUUCUACUAUCACUAGAUGGAAAACCUGAUGUCCAGCGUUUCUUACGUGGAAUUUUUUUUGGCCAAAUCUGCAAUGCUAAUUCCAGUGUUUAUUGAUGUGAUUUCAAAUUCUCUUGAGUCUAAUUUGUGUGUACAUAUAAUGCAGUUACAAGUGGCACUGAUUUCCAUUGUGAAUAGAUAAAGACUGAAAAUUAUUUGAUUUAGAAUCUCUACACAUACAUGCUCUAUGGAAACUCACAAUUGUUCUUCAAAGGGACAGUUCACCAAAAAAUGAAAAUUGUCUUUUCUCACCCUCGUGUCAUUCCAAACUGACUUCUGUAAAACAGAAAAGAUGAAGUCAGGCGAAAGUUUAAGACUGACAUCCAUUUACUCUCAGUGCAUCUUUUUCCCAUACAAUGAAAUUGAAGUCACUAACAUUCUCGAUAGCACUUUAUAAUGCUACGUUACAAAGUAUUUGUAAAGCAUUUGUGGUUGCACUUUAUUUUACAGUACGUGUACUUUCAGUUUACUUACAGUGUACUUACCCAAGAAAGUAAGAAAGAGUAAUGUUAGGUAACUAAAUAUACUUAAUAUGGGUUAAGGAUAGGUUUAGGGUUAGUACCUAGUAAUUACUGUAGUUGUUGUAAUGAUAUAGUGCGUAAAUGUAGAAUAGUACUGUAAAAUAAAGUGGUACCACAUUUGUUUAUAGUUUAUUCUUUAUUCAUAAAUCAUUGUUCCUACAUUGUUAAUAUACUUCUAGAGUAUAUACAAAUAGUAUGGUAUUCAUUUAUAGGUCUUGUGCCAAACGAUUUAUUAGUGUUUAAUAAGUUGAUAUAUAAGCAGUUUGAUAAUGUUUUUUUUAUCCUUAGGAAACAACUUGAUAAUCGUACAUAACUAAUGUAUUUCAGUUGAUGCAAACAGUGGAAUAGAAGUGUUAAUGAGAAUAUUUAGAGGGCAUAAAUCAGUAAUUAAUGAAGGAUUUAUACAUUUACAUAUGUUAUGAAUUUGGCAUAUUAAUGCUUAGUGUGUUUAACUGUUUUUGUAACACUAUUAAAGUAAUUACAUAAGUGUAUUUCCAAUCCUUAUAUGAUUUCUGUAUUAACUAUGAAUUUAUGCCAUAAAGUGCUCAUAAACACUUUUGUACAGGUGUGCAUCGGCUAAAAUACACAAGUUAGGCACGAUGAACAAUUUGUUUACUACUAGGGAUGAAAAAGCAUUAACAAACUGCUUAAAAUGAACUUAUUAAAUGUUAAUAAAUAGUUUGCUACACUGAACAUUACAUACUAUUCGCAUGUAGCCAAAUAAUGUUUUAAAAAUAUUAAGAAGAAAUAUAUAUAAUUUAUAUUUAAAAUUACAUUUAUAAUUUUACUUUAAACUAAUGAUACCAUGUAUUUACGAGGGUAAAUAAAUGACUAUUUUGUUUUUAGGUAAAUGACCCCUUUCAAGUUUUCAUAAUUGCUGGUUUUCUUCAGUCUUAUUCUCAAUAACACAUAAUGUCACAUGCAUGUUUCACUAACACUUGGAUUAUUGCUGAACACUAAGCCAGUUCUGCACUUGUAUGGUUGACCAUAGUGCUUUGUGUCAUUAUAAUUAACAGAGUAAAAUAUUUGUAACAUUAACAGCCUGUAAGCUGUUGGCUAAUGUUGUUAGUUUACACUGAGCAACAUCAGGUAUCAUCAAUGCAACACUAAUAAAACCGAUGUCAUCAGAACAUGGUCACAAACCAGUGUUCUUUAGAUUUAUUUGACAAAAUAACAUUAAUAAAGUCACAUCCAAACAUCA